AUGAAAAGAAACGAUAAAGAAUGGAAGACAACUAUUGAUGCGAUGGAGAGGAUCUUAAGGCAGUUGGAAGCUUUAGGUGACAAUCUGGAGCAUCCAGUAUCGAGAGUAUCAUGGAAAGCAAGUUGCCUGUCUGGAUAUUGGAUCGAAUACUUCAGGCUAAGGCACAGACAGAAAGGUGAUCUGUAUACCAAUUUAGAAAAUUACUUGUUGGACAUAGUAGGAAGAAGUAAUAAAGUCGUUAGACCCCAAGCCGCGACAGCAACAAAAACAAUUGAAUAUAGGAAACCUUCUAAAUUUGUAUACAAAGGCGAAACUUCAGCAGUCAAAUCAACCGAACCAGCUGAUCUGAA